CCAAACAAUAACGAUGGCCGUGCUCCAGAGAUCCCAAGAAGCAGUAAUUGCUCAGGCUACUCCUAUAUCCAAACCCGUAGGUAAAAUCUCAACUCUGUCAGCAACCUACACAGCCUACCAAUACUCGAAGUAUGGCGCACCUAAAACCGAGCUCACCCUCCGCAAGGACGCGCCGCUGAUCCCGCUCGAGCCCAACCAGCUACGCAUCAAGGUCCACAGCGCCGCACUCAACCCCGCUGACCAGAAAAUCAUGCAAGACUUCGGACUCGCCGUCACUGGCCGUCAGCCCUCCGCCGGCAAACCCUUCGGCAUGGGCUUUGAUGUCGCCGGCACCGUCGUCGAGACCGGCGCCAACGCACACCAGUUCAAGGUCGGCGAUGCCGUCUUCGCCAUGGCGCCCUACUCCAACUUCGGCACCUUCGCCGAGUUCGUCGCCAUCGACGAGCAAUUCGUCGCGCUCAAGCCCAGCAACGUCACGUUCGAGGAGGCCGCCAGCAUCCCGUACGCCGCGCUCACGAGCUACCAGGCGCUGCACGAACACGCCAACCUGCAGGCGGGCGAGCGCGUGCUCAUCCUCGGCGGAUCCACGUCCACGGGCAUGGCUGCCAUCCAGUUGGCGCGCGCCAUGGGGGCCCACGUGAUCGCCACGGCCAGGGGCUGCCAGGACUUCCUGCUCGUGCAGUCGCUCGGCGCCGAGAAGGCCAUCGACGCGUCCAAGCAGAGCUGGGUCGACGCCGUAAACGAGCACUCGGUCGACGUCGUGUACGACUGCGGCGUGGAGCGCAAGGCGUGGAACCGCGACGCCCAGACCGUGCUCAAGAAGGACUCGGGCCGCUUCGUGACCAUCAACCCGAUGCUGCAGCCGCGCGCAGCCAAGUUCGGCGCCAAGUGCAUCGGCGAGAUCAUGGUGCACGCGAGUGGCGCGCAACUGAAGGAGCUGUCGGGUUUCGUGUCGUCGGGUGCGUUGAAGCCCGUGAUCGACUCGGUCUACUCGUUCGACCAGCUGCUGCCGGCGCUGGAGAAGCUAGGAUCGAAGAAAGUGUGUGGCAAGAUCGUGCUAAGCAUGGCACACUGAGCUUCGAAAGCCUAAUGCAUAUUUACAUAGCUAAAGUGUACAAUGAAUAAUUGAUUCCCUGCAAGGAGCUUUCGGAUCGUAAAGAGAUGGUAGAUCAACGUACUAGCUUGCCUGAAACAAUACUACAUCCUUAGAUGCAACUUAGAUG